AUGACGACUAGCAUGACCCACGAUGACUACGUCUCCCUUUGCCUCAUGGCGCUCGCCCAGGCCAGCGUUGGUGGUCAGUGGGUGCAGCAGCAGCAGCAGAUCCAGAUGGUGUCGCCGGCGUGCGACGAGCUCCGGUUCCGGUGCUCCGUCUGCGGCAAGGCGUUCCCGUCGCACCAGGCGCUAGGCGGCCACAAGGCAAGCCACCGGAGGCCGACGGCCGCUCUGGCUCUGCCCGUUCACCGAAUCGACGCGCCGUCCGCCGACGACACGGCCUCAUCGACGACGACGACGACGACGUCGGGCGGCAGCAGGCACAGGUGCUCAGUUUGCCACCGGACCUUCGCGACGGGGCAGGCGCUCGGCGGGCACAAGAGGUGCCAUUACUGGGACGGGCUGUCGGUAGUGUCGGUCACGGCAUCGGCGUCAGGUUCCGGUUCGUCGAGCAUGAGGAAUUUUGACCUGAACCUAAAGCCGGUGCCGGAGACGGUGGCUGCCGGCGUGAGAAGUUGGGGAGAGGAGGAGGAGGUCCAGAGCCCCUUGCCGUUCAAGAAGCGCCGGAUUUCAAUCCCAUCAUUGGAGCUUAAUUUAUAGCAUCUUAAAUCAUUACUGUCCAGAAUUUCAUUCGUUCCAAAUCUUCUUUGAUUUUCUUGUUGAGGGUAUCCAUUGUUAUUAAUUAUCUCUUCGUCUGUAUAUUUGUGAUCAAGGAAGAAU